AAAUUAUAUCAAUCAUGGCGGCAGGCGGUGCACACGGAUUGAAAUGGUCUGCGGAUACAUACAAUAUCAGAGAUGUGAUAAGAAGCAAGAAGUUUGGUCUACCGUUAUUGGUGAAGAUAGAAGAGGGAAUAUAUAAUCUGAAUGAAUCGGAAACGUUUUCACAGGACGAUCUCUUGAAACUCGACCUAGUUAAGUCAAUACCGAAAGUCAUAACAUGUUGUGUUGAUCAUUUAGGACGUACAGUGAAUCGGGGUGUAGUUCGUGAGGACGAGCAUGGGUAUAUAGAGCAGUCAGAUGACUUGACUAUCCCUCUCCGGUACAAGGGGAUGGUCAGAAUAUUCCAGCCGCAAUACGGUAAAAAGGAAUAUCACAGUGUCAGAGAAAUGGUGAAAGUCUUCCCUCGAUACGUGAAGACGUUGAAUUCUUUUGUAUCCAAGAACGGCAUCAGUGUUGAAAGAGAAACAGUUAUUGAACUCGACCGUAUCUUACCAGGAGAGGGAUUGGUGUGUAACAUUGUUGAUGACGACAAUUCAGAAAUCACAAAUAUUGUUCUAGGUACUAACGACAAGCAUAUGUUCUCUUUGAUUCCCGAUGAUACCGAGUACACACUUGAAGCCGUCACCAACAGGUUCCCAUUGCCGCAGUACGUCAGAUUUGUCGAUGGAGGCGGUCCAAAACUACUGACGGCCAACAUACAAGAAAUAGUGGAACACUCAAAAAUAUUCGAGGGAACGGUGAAAAUUAAAAACGUAGUGAAUAUGGAAGUACUUAUUGGGCAUUACAAACCCCCAGAAGAGGUUUCGAGGGUUACAAAAGGACACUGUCAGAGAACUCUCGUCAUGUUUCCCCUCGACAGUCCCAUAGCGAGAGAAAUCGAGGUGAGAGUACCGCCAGACAGUGAUGAUGAUGAUGACGAUAGGAUGGACUACGAGUUGGUAAUGGCCAAGAAUUUUUCACAAAAAGGCCUCAAUGAAGAGGAAGUUGAUGGAACUGUUUACAUAGACUUUCUUAAAGUACCAAAAGCCACAUUUGUUGAGUAUGAAGAGAUAGAUACGCCGCCUCCUUUGCCGUUUAGAAAGAAAGGUUCAACCCGGAACAAACCACCUCCUAGUCCAACAAAAAUGACUUCCUCGAAAUCGGAGUACGACUAUUCAAACCUUGGAAAACCCCAGGUUCCAAGAGGGCUGGUCCCCCAGGAUACUCCUCCUCCACGCCCACCUAAGAACGCUAGAUCUAAAUUGGAGCAAAAAAAGAAAGAUCGCCUCCCAACGCGAACCGUACCAACUGCAACAUCCUCCCGAGUUCCUUUGCCACCAGAUUCCGAUGAAUCGGAUGAUGAUUAUGAUCAAAUAGAUGAAAAAAUGUCUGCAUUGACAGAUGAUGACAAAGAAAACGGUUAUAUCCGUGUACAAUCAAAGGAAGCCAUUUUGGAAAAGGUUCCAGAGAAGUAUAAGUUCUCAUUGAAAAAAGUCCAAGAGGAACUGCUGAAAUUCGUAAAGAAAAAACGAAAAGAAAGUGAGUCUACAGAACCAAGCAAACACACUACGCAAAAGACUUACGACGAACGGAAACUGUCCAAACAAAGCUGUUCUGUCGAGUCUACAGAACCAGGCAAACACAGAACGCAAAAGACUAACAUACAACAGAAACUUUCCAAACAUAGCUUUUCUGACACAGACAAAUAUCAAACAGCCGAUGAAAGUCAGAGCAAGUCAGACUCUCGUAAGUGGUUUGAAUCUCUUAAGCCUAAUGACCUGUAUAAAUACUUGACUGAGAUCCAACUGGACAAAAUAGCCAUCGCCUGUCGUGACAAUAACCUUAAUGGCACAUUCUUCAACAAUUUAACGGAUGCAAAAAUUAUGGAAAACUUUCAUAUAUCACCAAUUCAAAUACUGAAAUUCCGUCGUUUCCAGAAUGAUGGUUGGUUGCCUAAUUAAUCAAGCGAAUUCUGAAUUGAUUUAAUCAUGUGAUACUCAGAAAAAAAACAGUGGGUAACAACGUGUUAAUAACAUGAACAGAUAUAUCACAUAACUGGGCGCCCAUCCCACAGGGAUCUCAGAAUGUGUUACAAUCUACGUGUAUUUGAACCUUUCCUAGUACUUUUUCUCUUUUUUGUUUUGUUUUUGUUUUUGUUUUUGUUUGGGGGGGAUGGAGGGCUAGAUUACCAUUCGGAUUAGUCCCCGGUGUUCAUAAUUUAGAUAAGGAUGGUAAGAACUCUGUUGCAAAAAUCAAUCCCGCGAACGUUUCUCAAUGAAAAACCUAUUUCUGUUGCGUGUAGAAAAAUGAGUUUAUGUUCAUUUAAUAGAUCGCUUAUUUUUCAACCUCUUAUCGCAUUAGGAAAAAUAUCAUUUGAAUAUGAUCACAAUGUCAAUGAUAAAUCUUUCAUGUUCUCUUCAUCAACCAGCAUGCACACUGUUUCUUCGGGAAUCAGGAAUGUAACUACCUAGAAAUAAAAAAAAAAUAAAGUAGGAAGUUUGAAACAAAUCACUUUUAUUUUAAGCUGUUCCUGUUGGUUAUGUUUUAAAUACAUAACGAUAUAAGUACCUGAUGUCAAAGAUCUGUAGUGUCCAUUGAUUUCUAGCCAUUUAGGGUAUAUAUGAUCGACAGCGUCAUUUCUACUGGGGUAUGGUAUCAACCAGCCAUAAGAUAUUGUUAGGACAUUUAUGAAGUGAAGUUAUUGUUUUAAGAGACAAAAACUGUUACGUAACUGGAUUACGUUUAAGCAUCAAUGAAGACUUUAUUUUUUUACGUUCGCGUUUUGUGUUAAUGGCUAAUGUAUUCAUGGUAUUCAGUUUUUACAAUAUUUGUUUACAGUUUUUAUUAUUUUGAUAUGACAAAACUUGACCAAUAUUUUUUGCAUAUUGUAUGUUUGUGUUAUAUGACAUGGCCAUUGCAUCGUUUGCCUGCAGACAUCAAUGGGAUAUGAUGUCUGGUGCCGAUCCAUUACCUAUAAUAAUGGUUUGUGCCACCAAUUUAUACAUCGACCUCUGUGAUAAGAUAUAUUUGUUUCGAAAACAUUAUAAUAUGUUUACAUCAUAGUCAAUUCAUCAUAUAGCAGCAUUGUAUGGAAAAUCAUUUUUGCUCGAUUUGCUUCAACUUGAUCUGAUAUCGCUAAUAUAUUUGAAUUAAUACAUCGGCGACCUCAGUGAAAAUUCCUUCUUUCCAUUACGCCAUUCACUCUACAAAUGAAAUCCAUCAACAUGACCCUUUCAUAAUAAGGACUCUUUGGCUAAGAGGGAAAGUAUGAAAAAAUACAUGUAAAAAUUAGGAGCGUCCAUGAAGGCGUUGAUAAACGUAUAGUGGACAAGUAUUCCUACAGGUCUUUAGUGUUUUAAACGAGGAUAAUCUAGUACGGCUGUGAUAUUGGGAUGUUAGGAACAGCACAGGUGUGUGUAGCAUGUUAGCUAUAAGCUAAACAGGGUAACGAAAUUGCACAAUUGGUAAACAUUUAAGCAUUGAACGGCUUUCAGUUGGCAUUCAUAUUGACUAUGAAUGCCAACUGAAAGCCGUUCAAUGCUUACAUUUACCAUCUGUGAUUUUUUAUUUGUCGUGCGAUUUGUUUUUGAAAUAUUCAAAUUCAAAUUUCAGUUGGCAGUUCAUAAGCUGGUGAACUCGCAACUGAAUUGGUAGGGUUAUAUAGUGGCAGUGCCAUACAAUGGUAAAUAUAGGCUGAAAUACCUGAUAUCCAGCUGUUCGACCGCCUAGGCCUGUUUUAAUUGAUAGGAAGACAUCUGUGUCAGAAGGAAUCAAUGAUAUUUUGCUCACCGCCAAUCUUGUUGAUAUGCAGCUUUUAUAAAGUGUAUGUUACCUUUAAUUUGAUUGGCUUUAAUCCCGAUAGGAAAAUAUGACGGAGCCAAUCAAAUAACCUCUAUCAAAACGAGGGAUUUUCAAUAGACAACCACGGGUGAGCAGUGUAGCAUAGUGUAGGGUAAUCAAUCUUGAGUAUCGGACCAUGGGUGUACAGGAUCUUUAGAGGAUUAUCAAAUUCUAACACACAGAUGAUGUGGCGCUAUUACAGAAUAAAGAAAACAUUGUAUGUAAAGAAAUAGCGCAAACGUGAUUUAGCACGAUACUUUCAGCGUAAAAAGCAUAAAAAAUAGAUACGCGUUGAAAUAUGUACGUUUACAGUACAUCAAAAUCACCAUUACUUAUACAUGUUUUACAUGUCACUGAUUAAGACUGGUGUAUGAUGGGGUAUGAAAAUAGGUUGAUAUUCUUAUUUCAGGUCAAUAAAACCAUGUAUCAACCUUAUGAAAAUGAUAUAAUUGUAUAUAUAAAAUCAGUUUCAGAGGAAGCCUGAUAUCGAAUAUGAUAUACGACAUAUCGUCAUAUUUUCAAACGGAAUUUGACCAUUCUAUGAAAUUAUGGAAUACUUCAAUAUUAAUUGCGACAAUCCUUGAUGAUGUGCCUUAUCUAAUUUGAUGCAUCAUAUCAUACAUUGGGUACGUUUUUUGAUAAGGCAUUGCGUAUUUACGUGUCAUAAGAAAAUAUGUUCUUUACGAUGACAAUACAUACAUGUUUUAUGUUAAUUCCCACAGGGACAUGGCACAAAUUAUCGAUCCAUGAUCCAUGUAUAUGUAGUUUAUGUAUCAUCAGUAGUAUCUCCCUAGACGAGCAAGACUACAGUACAGAAAUACAUACUACUAGGAUGUGAACUUGUUCCAAAGUCAUGAAUUUUGCAUUGUAUUGUAAAUGAUGAAAUUAUAUCGUAUCCUUGCAAUAUAUUUUGUAACAUAUAUAUAUUGUAUGCGAUAUCAAUAUCCUUCAGUUAGACAUCACUCAUAUUAAACAUUAAAGUAUUUGUAUUGAAAAA